AUGAUAGAUGAGAAAAAAGUUGAAGACUUAAAACAGUUUGUGACACUUUGUCAAGAAGACCCAUCCAUUUUAUUGAAACCAGAAUUGGGGUUCUUUAAAACAUUCAUUGAAAGUUUUGGAGGUAAGGUUGGUAAAGACAAAGAAUUUUUUGAGAAGAGUGCAAGUGAUGAAAGUACAGAAGAAAAAUCAGAUGAAGAAGAAGCAGAGGAAGAUGAAGAUGAUAAAGAUGAUGUAGAAGAAGAGGAAGAAGAAGAGGAAGAGGAAGAAGAUGAAAGAUGUAAAGAUUUUAUGGUAGAAGAAACUAUUGAAUGCCCUCCAUUAGCACCAAUAGUAGAUGAAGAUUUAUCUGAUGAAGUAUUAGAACAAAUUAGUAAUUUAAAAAUGGAAGCUGCUGAACUUGUUCAAGAUAAUAAAUUAGAAGAAGCAUUAGAAAAAUAUAAUAAAAUAAUUGCCUUUGGUAAGCCAUCUGCUAUGAUAUAUACAAAACGUGCUUCCGUUUUGUUAAGCCUAAAAAGACCCAAAGCUUGUAUAAGAGAUUGCACUGAAGCCUUAAAUUUAAAUAUCGAUAGUGCUAAUGCUUAUAAAGUUAGAGCAAAAGCUUAUAGACAUAUGGGUAAAUGGGAAUGUGCACACGCUGAUAUUGAACAAGGUCAAAAGAUUGAUUAUGAUGAAGACUUAUGGGAUAUGCAAAAAUUGAUCGAAGAAAAAUAUAAAAAGAUUUAUGAAAAGAGAAGAUCCAAAAUUAAUAGAGAAGAAGAAAAAAAAAGAAAAAAAAGAGAAAAAGAAUUGAAAAAAAGAUUAGCAGCUAGGAAAGCAGCUGAAAAGGCAUAUAAUAAAGCUAAUAAUAAAAGAGAAAAUUAUGAUUCAGAUUCGUCUGAUUCGUCUUAUAGUGAACCUGACUUUUCUGGAGAUUUCCCAGGAGGUAUGCCGGGUGGAAUGCCAGGAGGAUUUCCAGGUGGAUUUCCAGGAGGAAUGCCAGGUGGAAUGCCAGGUGGUAUGCCAGGAGGUAUGCCCGGUGGAAUGCCCGGUGGAUUUCCAGGUGGUAUGCCAGGAGGAAUGCCCGGUGGUAUGCCUGAUUUAAAUUCCCCCGAAAUGAAAGAACUUUUUAAUAACCCCCAAUUUUUUCAAAUGAUGCAGAAUAUGAUGAGUAAUCCACAAUUAAUAUCUAAGUAUGCUAAUGAUCCCAAAUAUAAAAACCUAUUUGAGAAUUUAAAAAAUUCUGAUUUUGGUAAUAUGAUGGGAAAAGAGAAUGGCAAAAAUUAA